AUGGCGUCACUUGUUGAAUUUCAACCUGCUAAUUGGAUCCUCCAGAAUUCUGAGCAUGCGAAGUACAAUAUCGCAGGCAGUGCCGCUCCGAGCUUGACACUGCGCGAGUUGGUAUCUCUCUCUGACAAUCCGAGCGAGACUGAAGCUGCACUCCAGUUUGAUGAACACUUUCUAGGCUUAGGCACCAAUAGAGGUUCUCUGGAGCUGCGGACCAAGCUGGCGGCCUUGUACAAUGAAAAGGUUCUGCCUGACAGCUUCUUGACGGCACCGGGGACAACAUGCGCCAACAUGAUUGUCUUUCAAAGCUUCAUCAGGCCGAAUGACCAUGUGAUAUCCACGUAUCCGACCUACACGCAAUUAUCAAGCUUGUCUAAGAGCAUUGGGUGUGAUGUUUCUCCAUGGAGAUUGGAUCCUAACAACGAAUGGCGCGCCGAUAUGUCCGAGCUUCGCGCUCUUAUCAAACCGUCCACCAAAAUGAUCAUGCUAAACAAUCCGAAUAACCCCACAGGCUCUGUGCUUGACACUCAAGCUCAGCUCGAAAUAUUGGCAAUGGCCCAGCAACACGGCAUCAUUGUUGUUGUGGAUGAAAUCUUCCGUCCACUGUACCACGGUCAAACAACAAUCCCAUCAUUCUUGGAGCAUGAGUUCACCAAAGUCAUCACGACGAGCUCCAUGAGCAAGGCAUGGGGCAUGUCUGGCGUGAGAAUUGGAUGGAUUGCUUGCCGUGACAAGAAUCUUAUGGACCUUAUGUCAAACACGAAGCGAUACAUCUCUGAAGCCACAAGCAAUAUCGACGAAGCAAUUGCAACCGAGUGUUUGAGCCUUCGUUGUCGGCCAGCGAUCCUGAAAAGACAUCUCGAUUACGCGCAACAAAACUUGAAUCUUUUGGAAGCCUUUGUCGAGCAAAAUAGUGACAUGUGUACCUGGACACGACCUACUGCGGGCGGAACAGCAUUUGUGAAAUUUCUUACUAUGAACGGGGAUGCCGUUGAUGACGUCCAAUUUUGCAAAGAUCUCCUGAAGGAAUUUGGGGUUUUGCUCAUUCCCGGCAGUAUUUCCUUUGGGGAGGAAACACCAGCGAACUUGCAGGGAUAUACUCGAAUGCACAUCACAGUAUCCCCAGAAACAAUGCAGAAAGCUCUUGCGGAAAUUAGUAUUUUUUUGAGCGAAAGGCGCAAAACCGCGUAA